UUUCGGGAGACCUGCAUACACUGAUUAAACCCGCGAUGGUGCACUCCGAGGCACGGGUAGUAAACAGUUCAUGUGUACAUCUUUCGUGGAACAGGACUGCUCCAGAGGGUGUGGAUGUGCAAUACGAAAUCAAGUAUUGCUCACAAUGGGAUGAUACAUGCAACAUGACGAUGACCACUUUGAAACAAGAUAUAUACCUCGUCGAUCUUGUUCCAUUUUCCAAAUACGCAAUAGAGGUUACAGUCAGAGCCACCUAUCACGGUAACGUGACUGGAUAUCGAAGUGGGGCCUCAUCAAACAAUGUUUCCACCCCAGCAGAUGUUCCAGGAGAUGUUCCUAGUAUUCCGAGAGGAGCUUUCUGGAUUGACUCUGAUACCAUAAACAUCUUUUGGCAUCCUAUUUUACCAAGGUCACGACACGGUGUAGUAACGUACUUUGCCGUGAAGGGGGAACCAGAAUUCGAAUUACCAAUAACCAAAACUGAAACAUCUGCUAAGUUUAAGUACACAGAGUCUGAUGACGUCAGUAGAUAUUAUGUUAGAAGCAAAACAACUUGUGUAAAUAUGUCGUUGCCCAUUCCGUACAUCGACGUACACGGGAGAAAUAAUCGUCCACCCCACCCACCUUGGAUAGUGUCGGAGAACAAUGGAACUGUCAUUUUCAAAUGGUUCAAUGAAAGCGAAAACUUUUCUCAUACAGUCUUCUGGUGCGCGAGGCAAUCAGCAUCAUCCUGCAUGGGAGAACUUUAUUCUGUUAAAAUACCUAAAAGUGUCAAAAACUACACAACCAAGAACAUCUUGAAUCCCGGGAGUCAGUUGUUCGGUCUGUCUGUGGAAAACGAAACGUCUAGUAGUGGAAUAGAAUGGGCGGAAUGUCUACGAACUCUUGACAUAAAACCGACAACAGCACCAAGUAAUUUUAAUUUUACCGAGAAACAAGAGCCAGAAAGUCUGCAAGUGCGCUGGGAUAAUUACGCAUGUGACAAAUACUCGGGCGUCGUGGUCAGCUAUGACGUCACAUACUGUAAACAGGGACAAGGGGAUGAAUGUAAAGUUGCAAUUGUUCCUUUUGUCUCUGGAUUCACUUAUACUAUAAAAGAGCUGGCUGGUGGGGAAGAAUACAGUGUAACACUUCGUGCUGUUAGCAGCACUGGGAGCAGUCCCGAGUCGGCAGAAAUACGGAGGGUGGUUUUAAGUCCAUAUAGAUUGCCAACUGGUAUCAUAGUUUUGAUUGUUCUCGGGAGUAUAAUUUUGUUCCUGCUAAUAUGCCUCGGAAUUUAUUCAACAAUAAGAUAUAUACGAAAAUCCAUUGGAAAGACCAAGCAGAAGAUAACACUUCCACGGCCCACUGUGCCGGCUAACAUGCCCAAUGUUCGGCCUCAAGAUGAACACUACAUACAGUUUACGACCAGUACGAGCGGUUAUUGUAGCGUUUCUUGCCCUGAAAGUAAUGGUUCAAUAUCACAUGGUGAUUCGAAUAUCGAUGGUAAUAUCAGUAUCCCAUCAGAAAGAGGAAGCACGGGUACCAAUGGACUGCGCAUGCGUAGUCCAAUUAGAUCAAUGGAUGGGCUGGACGCCGAAUCAGGUAUUCAAUAUGUCACUGGUGGUUAUGUGACGCAUGAUAGAAGGGAAGACUGCCCCAGCGGUCAAUUACCUGAGAGAACUAUCAGUCCCUUAAGUAAAGCGAAUACGACGAGAGACGUCUCACCUGCUGAUUUCCCGCAAGCAGCUGAAGGCAAAGUGGAGGCUGGUGAAAGAGCAUUGAUAGGGCAAAUUGGUCUGAUUCCCAAUGAUAAUCAUACAAUCAUAAACCUUCCAUUGGAAAAUACACACGGGACAAACAACUACGAUAUUCCUAGAAGACCUAUAGAAAAUGAAAUAAACGUUGGACAACUCGAAGCGAAGAGUAUUGAUAACCAUCCAAUCAUAAACCAUCCUUUGACAAAUACACAAGGGAUAAACACCAACGACCAAUUCAGAGAACCUACAGAAAGGGAAACAAACGUUGUACCACUCGAAGCGCAAAUUGUGCAUACGCCUGGUGAUUACUAUGCUAUUACAAAUGCGAAUGAUAACAACUCUCCAUUGGUAAAUGUAGAAGAACAAGAAAGCAAUAAUGGCACUGAAGAACCCAUUGGAAAUCAAGAAAAUGUCACAUCACCAGGAAUACAAUUUAUUCCGAUAUCCGAGGAGUACUGUGUAAUUGCAAAUAUGAAUAAUGACAGUCCUCCAGUGGAAGGUACACAGCAUGAUUCCGUAGAAGAGCCGUUUGCGCGCGAAGCAUCGGCGAGUAGAGUUUUGACAGACCCAUCGACGCCAUUGAGGGUGAUGGGAUCGAACAGACCAAUUGUUGAAACAUUUCAAACAGAUAACUAUGUCACCCAUGCAGACGCCAUUUCACAAGUACAAAAUGUUGUAGAUUCAACCUCAGACACUCGUACAGUUCCAAAUAUGAUAUCCAUUCAAGGGCCCGAACAACCAUUUAGUAAAGAAGCUGGUAACAACAGAAAUUCUAACACAAGUAACGAUGGAUCAACUGACUCUAAAAGUGACCCUUCUUAUGUGGUAUACAGCGAAGAUAAUGCUAACAACAAAAUCCAGACAGAUGUUGUGUCAGGUUCAAACAACCUCCAAGAACCGUCCAUUCCCGAGAAUGCAUCCAUGGAAAAGGAACCAGCACAAUCAAAUUCCAAAGAAAACGGUUCACGUAGUAUACCAGUAAACAUUCAAAACAAUUCCAUUGACAAUUCCCAAGCCUAUAGUGCAACCUCUCAAGAAGCGACCCACUACAUUCCUCAUCAUUGUGUCCAAUCAAACAAUGGAGAUAAAAGUCCCAAAGCCAAAGCGCAUAACGAGGGAGGAUACAUACCCCAUGCUACCGUGACAGUAACUAAAACUAAAGAGAGGAGAAAUAAUAUACAAAGGGCUGAUUCAGGGUACACAGAAUCAUGAUACUUGUUAAGUAUUCAAGGCACACGCGUUUCAAAGUGUCCUGUUUAGGUACGACACUCUCGCUUAUAUUAGAUGAUUCCUAGAUUAUUUUUAGAUCUAGAUUAGAAAUGUGAGUAGGCUGAGAAACUUAAAAUCAGACAGUCUAUAUAUUUGCCUGCUCUGUCCAUCCAUCACCCGCGUUGGUAUAGCAACCGUUCUACAACUUAACAUUAUUGAAUGAUUCUUAAAUGUCGGGACAUAAUCGAUACAUGUACAGCAUCAAUUGAUAAAUGGACAUUUUUUGCAAUAUUGCAGCAUAUUCAGGAAAUUUGAGUUAUUUCAUAUACAUUACUUCAGGAACAACCCUCGUGCAGAUUAUAUAUAAAUAUAUGAAAAACAAUCAGUAGUCGACUCUUUUAUGUGGAUGCACUAUUUUAGACGUUUAUUCAAAAACAGAAUUAAAUCUGCUGUAUUUAAAAAUUAAGUUUGCUUCAUCAUACAUAAUUAUAGUAUUUAUUGUACAUGGACGUGACGUUUUGGUAUUAUAACCAAUGAGUUUUAAGGACAUGGAUGUAAAAUAUUACAUUGUCAACAUAAAACAUAUAUGGCAUUCUUUAGGGUCAAUUUUGGGGUGAGCUGACUUUUAUCGUAAAUUAAAGACAUAACCGUCAUUUUUAGAUUCAAGUGUUGUGAGGCAUUUGUUCUACAUGUA